CAGCAGCAGCAGCAGCAGCAGCAGCACCACCAGCACCACCAGCAGCAGCAGCAGCAGCACGUGGACAUGAUGAUGCCCUCGCACAUGCAGCAGCAGCAGCAGCAGCAGGGCUCGUCGCCGGGCGGUCAGGUGGGGCAAUCACCGCAGCAGCAGCAGCAGCAGCCGCUGAUGCACCACCACGGCAUGCUGGGUCCCGGCAAGCAGCGCGGCCAGGCUGGCGGCGGCGGCGGCGGUGCGGGAGGAGGCGGUGGAGGGGCCGCGCUGUCGAUGGAGCAGCUCGGUCACCACCACAUGGUGGGAGGCCCCGGCGGGCCCGUCAUGAUGAUGCCCGAGCAACAGCAGCAGCAGCAGCAGCAGGAGCUGCUGAAUCUGCAGCAGCAGCAGCAGCAGCACAAGGCUAUGAGGCAGCGGGGAGCUCUGCCCGCCAUGGACAUCGGCUAUGGGCCAGGCCACCCGGGCAGCUUGCCCUUCUGAGGCCUCCCCUGCGCCACCGGGCUCACUGAAUGCAAAGUUGCUGUGGGGGGGGGGGGUGGGGAGGGGGGGCGGGGGUGGUGUCAACGUGAGGACCGGACGGUGCCACAGGGGAGGCUGCGGCCGCCCGUGUCCCCACCGGCAAAGUCUUUUACCUCUUCUACUUUCUCUCGGUGUUGUUUCGUUUGCCGCCGCCGCCGGCGCGAGGGAGCGGUGGCCGUGUCGGUAGCGCCCCCCCGUCCCCCCCACCGCCCCCUGGCCCCGCUUGGCCCCCGAGCCGGAUGCGGAGACGUCGCCCCCCCUCGUCGCGAGGCCCCGCCGGCGUGGCCCCGUUGGGUUCCCGGCUCGGCAAAGAGCCGCCGGGGGGAACCUUCCGUGUCGCCGGAGACGGGGCGGGGGGGAGUCGCUCCCCGCAGCAGGGCGUGCUGGCAAUUCGGUGGUGAUUACGAUGAAGGUCACGGUGGUGAUUACGGUCAAGGUCACGGUGGUGAUUGCGGUCAAGGUCACGGUGGUGCUUACGGUCAAGGUCACGGUGGUGACGGUGACGACGCUGGCGGUUGAGCGGGCCGAGUCGAGCCCCGGCUGGGAUUUGAACUCGCGACCUUUGAACUGUUGAGGCCGGUCGGGCGGUGAUGGCGCCGGAGCCUCGCAGCGCUGGACCCUGCUGGUGACCUCCCCCCCUGCCCCCUGCCCCACCCCUCCACCCUCCACCCUCCUCCCUCCUCCCUCCUCCCUAAUGUUCACCCGCAGGUAUUGGACCUCAGCUCGUCGUAGCUACCCCCACGAUCAUCGUCAUCCCCGUCUCCAUCGCCACGCACGGUGUCAGUACAUCGCCACCGCCACCAUCGUCACCGCCGUGACCACCAUCUGUACCACCACCAUCAUCAUCGUCAUCACCCUCACCGCCACCG